AUGGUUUCUCUGAAGCCUCCGUCUCUGGUGCCGGUGUCCUGCGCGCAGGCUCUGCUCGCUGCGGGCUGCCUCUCCGUCGCCCUGCUCGCCUUCCUGCUGGUCCGCCAGCUCGUCAAGCAGAGGAGACCCCCGGGGUUCCCUCCCGGUCCAUCUCCCAUCCCGGUGAUCGGCAGCAUUCUGUCUCUGGUCACCGAGCCGCACGUCUUCCUCAAGAACCAGAGUGAAGUUCACGGACAGAUUUUCAGUCUUGACCUGGGGGGCAUCCUGACCGUGGUGUUGAACGGCUACGACUGUGUCCGGGAAUGCCUUUACCACCAGAGCGAGGUGUUUGCUGACCGGCCGUCGCUGCCGUUAUUCAAAAAAAUGACCAAAAUGGGUGGGCUCCUUAACUGUAAAUAUGGCAAAGGCUGGAUUGAACACCGGAAGCUCGCCUGCAACUCUUUCCGCUACUUCGGCAGCGGCCAGAGACUGUUUGAGAGGAAGAUCUCUGAGGAGUGCAUGUUCUUCGUCGAUGCCAUCGACGAGCACAAGGGCAAACCCUUCAACCCCAAACACCUGGUGACCAACGCCGUGUCCAACAUCACCAAUCUGAUCAUUUUCGGACAGCGCUUCACCUACGACGACCGCAACUUCCAGCACAUGAUCGAGAUCUUCAGCGAGAACGUGGAGCUGGCGGUGAGCGGCUGGGCCUUCCUCUACAACGCCUUCCCCUGGAUCGAGUAUGUGCCCUUUGGAAAGCACCAGAAGCUGUUCCGCAACGCUGCUCAAGUUUAUGACUUCUUGCUGGAGGUUAUAAACGGGUUUUCUCAGGGCAGGGUGCCUCAUGAACCGCGCCACUACGUUGACGCCUACUUGGAUGAGUUGGAGCAGAAUGCAGGAGACCCCACGUCCUCCUAUUCUUAUGAGAAUCUCAUCUAUUCAGUGGGCGAACUCAUUAUCGCUGGGACAGAAACCACGACGAACACGCUGCGCUGGGCCAUGCUGUACAUGGCCAUGUACCCCAACAUACAAGAGAGGGUGCACCGGGAGAUCGACAGUGUGUUGGCCAAUGGGAGGGCUCCCACUCUGGAGGACAAGCAGAAGAUGCCCUACGUGGAGGCCGUCCUGCACGAGGUCCUUCGCUUCUGCAACAUCGUGCCACUCGGUAUUUUCCGUGCCACCUCCCAGGAUGCAAAAGUCAACGGCUACACAAUCCCCAAAGGCACCAUGGUGAUCACGAACCUCUACUCUGUGCACUUUGACGAGAAGUACUGGAACGAUCCAGGCGUGUUCUUACCACAGAGGUUUCUGGACAGCAGCGGCAACUUCGUGAGGCGCGAGGCCUUCCUUCCAUUCUCUCUGGGGAGGCGUCACUGCCUGGGUGAACAGCUGGCCAGAAUGGAGAUGUUCCUCUUCUUCACGACUCUGCUGCAGAGGUUUCAUCUUCAGUUCCCACCAGGAACCGUUCCAACUGUAACUCCCAAACUGGGCAUGACCCUGCAGCCCAAACCCUACUCCAUCUGUGCAGUCCGCCGGCAACACAAAGUUCCCUGCAGCGGAGACACUCCUUAUAACAAGUAGACAAGAAAGCAAUUAUUCUCGCAUGUUCAAGCCAGAUUUGUACGACUUUGCACAGCAAUGCAACCACAUGAUAUAAAAACUAUAUCAUUCUGGACUGUUCCAGUGCAUUGCAAUCUUCUUUCCAAAGGACUUUCAGUAGGAGAGGUGCCUCUCUGCAUCUGAACAUGUAAUCUAGUUUAUUCAAUUACUAUUGAUUUUUUUUUAAACUGAGCAAUAUGCAUGUUUGCACAUUACCUUUAAACAGCAGGGGAGGCAGCAAGUGCUCAAAGGACAUCCUGGGAACACAAGUGUGCUAUCGAUUUAGUUCUCGGAGCCCACAAAAUGAAAUGUCUAUGAACCUCGGUGCGGAGGCAGCGGGUUAGGUUUGUGUCAAUGAUUGAUAGUAUGUACACCUCCGCUGGUUCAUAGCCCUGCCUUCCCGGGACUGCUGGAAGUCAGACAGCUGACAUCGAUAGUUCACAUGCGCUGGGUGAAAUUGGACUAACAGACUUUCCAAGAAAGUUCUGAAAACUGUGUUGGAGCUGGACGGGGGCCAAGAUUUGCGUCAUCUGGACUGACUCUGACCCCUUCUCCAGGGAUGGUGCUCUGCGGAAAACCUUGCUCUUAGAAAGCAAAUGCAACCCUGGUGCAUUUAUAAAAACUGACUGUGCAACACUGAUUUCUGCUAAAUGGUGCUUAUCCGUACUGACAGUGUACUGCAUUUAUAUGUAAAGGUUAACUUUUGUUUGUUCUUGUUUUUGUAAUAUUGACGGUGUGAUUGUGUUUUUUUUGUGUACAUACAUAAAGUCUUUCUUAAGAUACUG